CUGUGAUAAUCAGGAUUUAGGUUCCCAUACUCAGGGGCCAGACCAGAGUAUCCUGGUCGGUGGCUCCCGCGCCGAAGUGCUCAGCUGUGCCUCCCUCCCCAUCACAAGUUUGCUCAGUACCGGUUAAGUAGGCGAGUCUGGGACAUAGACACUGCCUGUUCCUUGGACGAUUCUGGACAUGGCCUGGCUGGAGGCUUUACCCUACGUCUGUGGCUGGCUGAUUCUCCGCAGCUGUUUCCUGGUCGGAGCGCAGCUGGAUUCUGAUGGUACCAUCACUAUAGAAGAACAGAUUGUUCUUGUCAUGAAAGCUAAAGUUCAGUGUGAGCUCAACAUUACGACUCAACUCCAAGAAGGAGAAGGCAAUUGUCUCCCAGAAUGGGAUGGACUUAUCUGUUGGCCUAGAGGAACAGUGGGGAAAAUGUCAGCUGUGCCAUGCCCUCCUUAUAUUUAUGACUUCAAUCAUAAAGGAGUUGCUUUUCGGCACUGUACCCCCAAUGGAACAUGGGACUUUAUUCAAAGCUCAAACAAAACAUGGGCUAAUUAUUCAGACUGUUUUCUGCAGCCAGACAUCAGCAUAGGAAAGCAAGAGUUCUUUGAAAGUCUCUACGUCCUGUACACUGUUGGCUACUCCAUCUCUUUUGGCUCCUUGGCUGUGGCCAUUCUCAUCAUUGGCUACUUCAGACGAUUGCACUGCACUAGAAACUAUAUCCACUUGCACUUGUUUGUGUCCUUCAUGCUGAGAGCUGUGAGCAUCUUUGUCAAGGACAGAGUGGCCCAGGCUCACCUAGGAACAGAGGCUCUGCAGUCUCUGGUGAUGCAGGGUGACCUUCAGAACUUCAUUGGAGGACCAUCUGUGGACAAAUCUCAGUAUGUCGGGUGCAAGAUCGCUGUUGUGAUGUUUAUUUAUUUCUUGGCUACCAACUAUUAUUGGAUCCUGGUGGAAGGGCUCUACCUGCAUAACUUAAUCUUUGUGUCAUUCUUUUCGGACACCAAAUACCUGUGGGGCUUCAUCUUUAUAGGCUGGGGGUUUCCAGCAGCGUUUGUUGUGGCUUGGGCAGUGGUGCGGGCCACUGUGGCAGACACCAGGUGUUGGGAACUUAGUGCUGGAGACCGGUGGAUUUACCAGGCUCCAAUCUUAGCUGCUAUUGGGCUGAAUUUUAUUCUGUUCCUGAAUACAGUUAGAGUUCUUGCUACCAAAAUCUGGGAGACCAAUGCUGUUGGGCAUGACAUGAGAAAGCAGUACAGGAAACUGGCUAAGUCGACACUGGUCCUGGUGCUGGUGUUUGGCGUGCAUUACAUCGUAUUUAUCUGCCAGCCGCACUCCUUCUCCGGGCUCUGGUGGGAGAUCCGUAUGCACUGUGAGCUCUUCUUCAACUCCUUCCAGGGUUUCUUUGUGUCUAUUGUCUACUGUUACUGCAAUGGAGAGGUGCAGGCUGAGAUGAAGAAGAUGUGGACUCGGUGGAAUCUGUCCAUCGACUGGAAAAAGACGCCACCUUGUGGCAGUCACAGGUACGGCUCGGUGCUCACCACGGUCACUCACAGCACCACCAGCCAGUCACAAAUGGGGGCAAGCACGCGCCUGGUGCUCAUCUCCAGCAAACCCAUCAAAAAUGCCAGCAGACAGAUCGACAGUCAUGUGACUCUGCCUGGCUAUGUCUGGAGUAGUUCUGAUCAGGACUGCCAGCCACACUCCACCGCUGAGGAAACCAAAGAGGGACAUGGGAGGCAGGAAGAUGAUACCCCAGCGGGGGAGUCUUCCAGACCAAUGGCAUUUACCCUAGACUCAGAAGGACACAAGGGACAAACAGAGCGUAUCUGAGUCACCAUUUGCGGCUCCAGUGGAUUGGCGGAUCUGGACUGGAAUUCUGGAAUAAGGCAUUGCUUAAACAUUUUCAGUUUUCACCAGUUGGCUACUAUAAACAUUCAUGCAUAAAAGGGUAUUAUUGAAGUAGUUUAUGAACUUUUAUUGGCAUUACUCCUUAAUACUUUCUCUGUGGUUAUUACUAUUUUGCUUUUUUUUUGGACAGAAAAGGUUUCAAACGCUUGACUCUACUUUUCUCUCAUCAACAUCACCCUGAAUAUGAUAAGAUCAUCUAGUUCUCAUCAUUUUCCUUUAAAGCAAUUACUGAUCUUUAUCCUUCUCAUUUUAAUGAACUUCCAUUAUUGCAUUCAUUUUGUCUACGUACUGGAGCAAUCGAUGGAUGUGCACUGGAAGGCAAAUUCUUAGACACAUUGGAAAAUCAGCUGACUGGACAUUAAUAAAGUGAUACAUUUAUGACAGUUAUGAUUGAUUCUAGUAGCAAAGAAAGUCACUCUGUUUUUCCUUUGAAUGUCCCCUGUGUGAUGAGUCAAAAUCUUCUCUGGCUCUUCUGUUUUGUAAACCAUGACAAGUCAAUGACCUUGUGUUGGAAAGCUGAUUCUGUGCAGACUCAUUUGUACGGAUGCUAACCCAUGCUGCACCUUGUAUUUGUCUUAGUUCUGUUGUUUGCUUUGUUACAGAUGGUAUGUGGGAUAAAUUAAAAGUUUGUUUUAAAGACA